GGGAUUGCUCCGGUAGUGUGUCGCUAGAAAUCAGACGAAGAGGAUGUAUGGAUCUCUCUGGAAAAGAUUCGGGAAAAACGCGCGAGCGCGUAUUCUGAGCGGAGCCCACCCGGUACACCUGCGUAGGUAACUGACGUCUAGAGUCACUGCUGAUAUAAAUGGAGCCGCGUCGUCACAAGUCGUCAGUAACAAUGUUGAUGGUUGGCAUCGCCUUCAAGCGCGUGAGCUCCUCUGAAUGGAGUAGUGCCGUUUAAUGAGGUUUUGCUAAUUUUACGCGCUACGCGCCAUGGAAGAAAACAACGACACGUUCUUAUCAUUUCAGAACGACAGUGACUUAGAUCAGCAAAUCGACAACGUGACUUUACCUGCGACGGUUCCUCUAAGUUAUCAGAUCUCCACGUCUUUGCUGAUCGGCGCGCUCAUUCUAUGUUCCAUAUUUGGAAACGCGUGCGUCGUGGCGGCUAUCGCUUUGGAAAGAUCCCUGCAAAAUGUCGCAAACUACCUGAUCGGAUCACUUGCCGUGACGGACCUCAUGGUGUCGGUGCUCGUGUUGCCAAUGGCUGCCCUUUACCAAGUUUUAGACAAGUGGACGCUUGGACAGGUAACUUGUGAUAUAUUUAUUUCUUUAGACGUUUUGUGUUGCACAUCUUCGAUUCUGCACCUGUGCGCUAUCGCUUUGGAUAGAUACUGGGCGAUCACCGACCCGAUAGACUACAUGAAGAAAAGGACAUUAAAACGUGCAGCUCUUUUAAUUACCGUUACCUGGUUUGUCGGCUUUUCGAUAUCGAUUCCGCCCAUGUUGAUCAUGAAAUCUCAACCCAAAAGUAAAGCGGAAGACAUGGCCAAUCCCGAAGCUUGCAUGAUCAGCCACGACCCAUGGUACACUAUUUAUUCCACGUUUUGCGCGUUUUACAUCCCUCUGAUUCUCAUGCUGGUCUUGUACGGACGCAUAUUUAAAGCGGCGAGAUUUCGCAUUCGCAAAACCGUUCGAAAGCCCGAGAAGAAGAGGGUGAAAUGCUUGACUGUGUCACCUGCGCUUUUUAAGCGCGCGAACGGAGAGCUCGGCAAAAACUGGAAAAGCGCGGUCGAACCCAAGCCCGCCGCGUGCGUAAACGGCGCGGUGAAGCACGCGGAGGACGGCGAGUCUCUGGAGAUCAUCGAGGUUCACAGUAAUUCCAAAAACAACUUGCCUCUGCCCAACACGCCGAACUCUGUCCCUCUGUUCGAGAACAAACACGAGAAGAACACCGAGGCGAAGAGGAAACUCGCCUUGGCGCGCGAGCGCAAGACAGUGAAGACUCUUGGCAUUAUAAUGGGCACUUUUAUUGUGUGUUGGCUGCCAUUCUUCAUCAAAGCAAUCGUGCUGCCUUUUUGUCCGUCUUGUGAUAUGCCUUUGUGGCUCAUCGACGUCAUUAAUUGGCUCGGGUAUUCAAACUCGCUUUUGAACCCAAUCAUUUACGCGUACUUCAAUAAAGACUUUCAGAGCGCCUUCAAGAAAAUCAUUAAAUGCCAUUUUUGCAGACCAUAAACAUACCGUCUUUUCAGUUUUAACUGUCAGAUGCGCGAGUUUAACCAGUAUUGAUCGCUCAGAAAAACAAUAGUGGUGUAUUUCAACAGCACAGAGAACUUGCUCUUUAGUACCACUAUAAAUAUACACGAUUCAUCCUGAUUUUAUAUAUCAGAUGUAUAUGUUAUGAUAAAACGUGUGCUGAACGUGUUUCAUGUCCAUGACAAAGAAAGAUCAUGUCCAUGAUGUACAAAUAAAAGCCCCACUGUACAUUUA